AUGACUGUAGAGAAGAAUGCUAAUAAGCGCAAGGCUGCCACAGCCUCUGCCCCAACGAUCACGGACCCGCCCUUGAAGAAAUCCAAAAGGUCGACAUUUAAAGCAGCCCAGGUCCAGGAUAAAGUCCCCAAGCCAAUACUGAAGAAGGCAAAAUCUACAGAGGCCUCCAAUGGCUCUUCACCCAAGUUAAUUCCUGUCAAAGUUGCUAGCGAGCCCGCGAGACAGAUCCAACCUCGAAAACGUGCUGCGGACUUUCUGAGCGAAGACGAAGGAGAAGAAUGCCAUGGCGAGAAAACAGAGAAAAACCACGUCACACCUUCACCCGCUGCCUCAAGACCUAUAGGUGGCGAGGCGGAAAAACCAAGCAAGAAAAAGCCAAAAAGGGCGGCUGAAGCUCCUGAAUCAGCGGUUCCUUCUGUCGCUAAGAUCACUACUACGAAACCCGAUUCCGGAGAAGAGCCUUUGAGUACCGGCAAAUCUAGCAAAAAGACCAAAGGUGUUACUGGUCUGCUUGAGGGAGUCUUCAGCCAAAUCGCCGAGAAUGAUGAGGAGGGAAGCGAAGGGGGAGAAGAUGACGACCAGACUGCUGCUUUUAUUCAGGGGUUUGAAAGCAGUGGCGACGAGGACAUAUCCGGGGACGACGGGUUCGAACCCGGAAAGAACGUCCCAGUGAUCCCCGAUUCGAAGAAGGUGAAGAGGAAGCUGCGCAAGAUGAAGAAGAACGCCACGGAAUUGGAAGAGCCAGGCACUGUUUACGUUGGCCGUGUUCCGCACGGGUUCUACGAACACGAAAUGCGUGCCUACUUCUCCCAAUUCGGCCCCAUCACCCGACUACGCCUCUCCCGCAACCGCACUACAGGCAAAUCCAAGCACUUCGCGUUUCUCGAGUUCGCUUCCGCGUCCGUCGCCAAAGUCGUCGCUGACACGAUGGACAACUACCUCAUGUUCGGCCACAUUUUGAAAUGCAAGUACAUACCCAAGGAGAGUGUGCAUCCGCAAUUGUGGAAGGGAGCAAAUAAACGAUUCAAGAGGACGCCGUGGAACGACAUUGAGAGGCGUCGGAUGGAGGCGGGGAAGACGAAGGAGAAGUGGUCUAAGAAGAUUAAACAGGAAAACGCGAGAAGAGCUAAGAGAGCGGAGAAGAUGAAGGCGCUUGGCUACGAGUUUGAGAUUCCGGCAUUGAAGGGAGUUGAUGAGGUUCAUAUUGCUGUCGAUGGGAAGGAGGGGCAGGCAAGGAUUGAUGAUGUGGGGAUGGAGGAAUCUACGAAUAAACAAGAACAGCGUGCUACCAUUGAAACCUCGACAGACGGAGCAGAGAAGCCCAAUGGACGUGUUGCUGACGUGGAGAUUACUUCAAACAAGUCCAAGAAGGAGAAGAAAGAGAGGAAGGAUAAGAAGGAUACUACCGUGAAGGAGGCGAAAAAGGCUGGCGAAGUGGAGAAGAUAGAAAGUAAAUCUACGUCGAAGAAAGUGAGUGCGGUGUCAGAUACCCCGGAGAAACUGGCAAAAGGUGAGAAGGGGAACGCUAGCCUUCCAGGUGCAGGGAAAUCAGGUAAGGGAGAAAGGUCCAAGACGAAGAAGAGCAAGGCAUAGACAAAAAAAUUUUUGUUAUUGGAGGGUGUUCCUUGCCAUAAAUUUUAUUUAAAGAUAUUAGGAUUUCUUGUGUUUGUAUGUAUACCUAUUUUAUAUCUCCUUAGCUAGGUAUUUAGAAAUGCUUUGAGGAAUAUAUUCCCCUGUCAACCAUUCGG